UUUCCGAGAAAAAUCCUUGACCUGUUCUCGGGAAAAUCAGGACCUCAGUAUUUCUCCGAUUUGUCGUCAGUUCGCCCUUUAUAUACGUCUUCUUGUUCAAGUGGAGAGAGCGAGAGAGAGAGAGAGAGAAACCGUUACACAGCCCUACACGCAAACAUCACCAGAUAAAAACUUUCAGAAGAGAAGUUUGGUUUUUUCGGCCUUCCCAUCUCUGAUUAUCCAGUAAAUUUAAUUAAGGUCGAAGGAUUUGGGUUAAAUAUUGAUGAAAAAUGAAGUUCUGCAAGACAUACCAGGAGUACAUGCAAGGCCAGAAGAAGAAGCUGCCUGGAGUCGGAUUCAAGAAGCUUAAGAAGAUCUUGAAGAAAUGCCGCAGAGAAGAUUUCCAUGAUGUCCGUACCUGCCCUGAUCACUGCCCAGUGUGUGACGGGAGCUUUUUCCCGGCGCUUCUCAAUGAGAUGUCUGCAGUGGUGGGUUUCUUCAAUAAGCGCGCACAGAAAUUGCUUGAACUCCAUCUGUCUUCCGGCUUUCGUAAGUACAUGUUUUGGUUCAAAGGCAAAGGUCGAGGGGGCCAUGGUGCCUUAAUCGAAGAAGGCAAGGACCUCGUGACUUAUGCUCUGAUCAACGCCGUUGCCAUUCGGAAAAUACUAAAGAAAUAUGAUAAGAUUCAUUUCUCGACGCAAGGACAGGCCUUCAAGUCGCAAGCUCAAAGCAUGCAUAUUGGACUCCUUCAGAGCCCGUGGCUUUUUGAGCUCAUGGCUUUUCACAUCAAUUUAAGGGAAACCAAGACUAAGUCGAGUAAGACACCGGCUCUGUUUGAGGGAUGCUCCCUCAAGAUUAAUGAUGGGAAACCAUCUCUCGCCUGUGAGCUCUUUGAUUCCGUUAAGCUUGAUAUCGAUUUGACUUGUUCUAUAUGCUUGGACACCGUUUUUGAUCCAGUUGCUCUCGCAUGUGGUCACAUAUUCUGCUACAUGUGCGCUUGCUCGGCCGCAUCAGUGACUAUUGUCGAUGGAUUGAAGUCCGCAGAGCCUAAAGAAAAAUGCCCUCUAUGCCGAGAGGCAAGAGUUUUCCAAGGCGCUGUACAUUUAGAAGAGCUCAGCAUGUUACUUAGCAGAAACUGCCGUGAAUACUGGGAGCAGAGACUCCAGACCGAGAGGGUAGAGAGGGUUCGGCAAGCAAAACAGCACUGGGAAUUCCAGUGCCGGGCAUUCGUUGGAGUUUAGUCGCUGCCCCACGGUUGGGGCUCUGUAAACCGCCAACGAUUUUGUAGUUUGAAAAGCCAUUAACGUUCUUGUUUCUGGAUGUUUAGUUUCUUGUAUGUAACUUUUGAUUAACUCUGUAUAUAUGGUCAUGAAUAAGGGAGGGUUGACAGUUUGUUUUUCACCAAAUUGGUUCAAGUACAUUUGCAUUUUGGAUUGUGGUCAAAUGCAUCCUGGCUCCUUGAACCUUGCUACAAAGUAUCCAAGGAUACGACUAUAUUUUGUAAUGCUAUUUGUACCAUAUUUAUUGAUUACUAAGAUUAAAGGCG